UCGCAGCUUCUCGGACCUCGAAUCGCGGAUUUGAUAUCAGUGAUGUGCCUGUGAACUGAUCAUGAGAGAAGUGUGUGUUGUGAACAAGUGCGCGAGCGGCGAGCGCUGUCCGCCGUCAUGUGGCAAUUGCUGAUGCCUCUUUUAGCGCUUGUCGCGCCAGGCGGCGGAUCCUUUUCGCCCAACAGGGAACUCCUCGAAUGUGCUAGCCAGAUACUAUACAUGGAUCAAUACGCGUAUCAGCUUCCAACCAACUACAGUAGAAACAUUCCACCUGGCAAGAACACCACUGUAUAUAUAGGAAUAAACGUGAACCGAGUUUCUGGAGUCGAUGAAAAUAGAGAGGAGAUAACACUGGAUGUAUUCCUGCAAGUUUCAUGGGAGGAGAUACGGCUCAACGUGCCACCUGGAAGGCCGUUUAUAGAUCUGCCAUGGGAGUUUCGUCAGCUCAUAUGGACACCGGACCUGUACAUCUGGCAACUACAGACUAUGAGAAUACUUUCUGUUCUACAGGAGAUGGCCUCUUUACGGCUUUAUGCCAAUCGCACCGUGUCAGUCAGUAUUGGUGCCACAAUAACAAUAAAAUGCGAGAUGGACUUCGUGCUCUACCCCUUAGAUGUACAGAACUGCGCAAUAGACUUUAGCAGUUACAAAUACACAACUGAGGACGUCCGUUUCGAGUGGAGGGAAGUCGCCCCAUGGUUCGGCAUCGCCGGGGAGCAGCGGCACGAGUUCCGACUGCCGAAAUACGUGGUCACAUUCGUCACGGACAAAAGUAAUCAUAUUCGAAAUUUUGGUGAAGGUGAACACUCAGCAGCACGGCUUCAAAUCAAGCUCUCACGAGAGCUCAGAGGUUAUUUGCUGGAGAGCUACCUCCCUUCUUCGCUGUUCGUUAUCAUCUCCUGGGGAAGUUUCUGUGUCAUUCCCGAGAUUGUACCAGGAAGAAUGGUACUCCUGGUGACUACAUUACUUUCACUCGUGACAAUGUUCGAUACUGUGAGCACGAACUCUCCUGAUGCAUUAGAACUAAAAUGCAUUGAAGUAUGGCUGAUCUCAUGCACGUUAUUCGUAUUCCUUGCCCUGCUGGAAUACUUUGUGGUCCUCUUCGGGAUCCGGUACGACAAGAGCUGGAGUCGACGGCGGCAGGAUUUACGGCGCGCUGCCUCCGCCGCGCAACUUGCACCACCUUUACAUAUGAAUCAUUCACAGAGGUUAAGUACCCCAGUGACUGGUACACCCCAAGGCGGCGUCUUCUCACCACAACUGAGUGUCGAAGACGAGGGCCUCAAACAACAGUUUUCACAUCAAACUAUUCAGAGGUCCACCUCUUCGGAAAGAAGGAGUUGGAGAGGAAAUAGAGUUGGAUGUGAGACGAGACCCGUUAGUAAGGACUCACCAAUUCUGGAGGCGAUACCACAAUCUGGGAGCGCAAACGGCGUUUGGGCGCGAAUUUGCACGUCGGCCGAAAAAGGUGUCAUGUUCUGUGGUGCACAGCACGGCGCUUUAGACAGAUACGCGCUUAUUGUGUUUCCAUUGUGCUUUAUACUUUUCACAGUGAUUUAUUGGACCACUUACCUCAGUGAGGCACAUCGGGCGAUGCAUAGCACGCGCUACGGGUGACCCUAGAUUAAUGCAUAUAUUAUAUAUGUGAAAAGUGCCUAAUAAGCAGUUCAAUUUAAAAUUAAACUGUUACUUAUAGGUGCAUUAAAAACGUCCAUAUCUAUUUGAGACAAUGUCAGAGUACCUAUACAAAACAUGAAACCCUGCUAUUUUUAAUUGAAAUCUAGGAAUUAGAGCAAUAACGCCUAUGAGAUUACAAGAAUGUCGUAAAGCACACUCUAGUAUCCUCUAAAGCACCACCUCUUUGUGGAUCCAGCUGCCGGUAGAUGUAUUUCCGAACCGAAAGACUUAGGAGCCUUCAAGAAAAAAAUGUAUACCAUUCAUGGUCAGCAACACAUUCACUAGCCCUCUGACAUUGCACUUUAUUCAAAGUGCCGGCUCCUUUGGCAUCUGGCCCGUUAAAAAGCAUGAGAUUAAGUUAUUUCUCUACAAAUUAAACAUUUGAAAUUCCGCUGAAGGUCUUACAUACAAGAGUUACACUGAUUUAACGGGGGUGAUAAGUAAGUUCUAAAAGCGAUCCUAAAGUGUUUAUAUGCAGUUUCGUUAUUAUUUCAAUAUCCGUUCGAUGUCACAAACUUACGUACACGUUGUACCAAAACUAGAAAUUAAAGUCGGGAUCGUAAUCGCUACUGGUAGUUACGGUCCCUCUACGUUUCACCCUAUAAUAAUUCAAUUAGAGAAACCUCAAUAUUGCGUACUCAGCAGUCUUUGCUCGUUAAUAUUGUGUAGGCGCGAUGAGUGUCCGCGAUGAUGAAAUUUUGACAUUUAUACUUAAUAUUUAACAGGGUUUUAUUCAGUAUAUUGUACAUAUUAUAUGACAUAGAUUUAUAUAGGAAAUUAAGUAUUUGAAAAAUUAUCUAAGACAAUAUUAUCUAUACAAGUGUACUUAAAAGUUGACGAAAUUAUAAUCUUAAGAUAGAUUUAAUGUUCCCAUUUAAAAAUAACAUAGCACUCUUAUAUUUAAACUAAUAGGCACGAUAGUUGUGUACCCGUUUUAUUUAUACAUUGACGAAGGACUUAUGGUUUAGGUUAUCUUUUUCCCUAUAGCAUAAGAAAUAUUUGGCACUUAAUGUAAGUCACCUCAAAAUAGGUAAAUCAUAUUCUAGUCAAAUAUUUAAUCAGUACCGUCCACAUUAACCGUCCAACAUCAGUCGUAAAAUUGGCGUUUUCAUUGCCUUAUAUUCAUAAUGUUUUGUAAGACAACAAUCACCCUGUGAAUUAAUAUACCAAAAUCACAAGACAUUUGAGUUAGACAGAGGUUCAGGUUAAUGACCGGUCACCAUCAAUAUAUCAUAAUCAUGAAGUGGAAGAAUACCUUUAAACAUUUUGAAAUGUUCACAGGAUUUUUGUUAAAUUAUAUAGAUAUAUCAUAAAGGGUAAACAAAUGUAUUGGACAUUAAGAAAGUUCAUCAAUAUUGUUAUGUUAUACAAAUAUUCUACUGUUGAUAUUUAAAAAUGUAAUAUAAAAUUAAUUUCCAUCGAGAAUACGGAACGUUUUUUUUUCAAUAAAAAUGCCAGACUAUGUCUGUUGCAUUUAUUGCUAGUAACUUAGCUUUUAUUCAUGAAAAAUUUGAAACAAAAAAAAACAAUAAUUUAUUUUAUAAGGGAAUAUGAAAAAACAUUAUACAUAUAAAAUAAUUCAGGUACACAUUUGUCUGUUCAGUCCAAUGGUGUUUGUGCCAUGAACAAAACAGUACAAUUAGAAUUAUUUAGUUUUUACCCUAUUUAUAUAAAACAUGACAUUUAUAUUAUCAUAAGACUUAUGUUCAUAAACAGUGUUUUUGUAGAUGGCAUUAAGUAUUGUCAUAAAACUAGAAAGCAGUUCCCAUAAAUUAAAUUUCCGUUAUGCACAAAUACUUUUAACUCCUAAAAUGUUCGAAGUAUGAUUUUAUGAAAAAACUUGUAUCAUUAAGUCCAUCCAUCCAUUUGCGUAAUUCAUUAUAUUGAAUAAGACUUUCAGAACAUAUGUUUGUUAAAAAUGUAAAUAGUAAAAGAAAUAUUAAAUAAAAGACAUUAUUU